AUGUAUUUGACCAAAGAGGCUAAAAUAAUUUCUGUCGAGCUCACAAAGGCUGUUUUGUUCUCGUCUUCAGAAAAUGUCCCUGCGGAGCUUCGAGAGCCGUUCUACAGGGACCAGUUUGAACAGGAGCACCUCAAGCCGUCCGUCUCCAAGCUGCUCCUCUCCCCGGAGACCUACUGCCGAGCUCAGGCCCUGCUGGCUCAGGCCCACGGGGACUCCCCGCCGGCGUCGCAGGACCCCCCGGCCGAUACCUCGUCCUUGCUGCAGCUCCUCGUGAAGAGAGGUGUCGCCCCAAAGGUCCAGGAUGUAGACAUCGCAGAGGAGGACCUCAGCAACACCCCCAUCAAAAUGGACGCCCAUCUUGCCCUCAUCGACUCGCUGAUGUCACUGGCUGCCAAAGACACCGUGAGCCAGGUGGAGAUAGCGGAGGAGGCGGAGCAGAUGGGUGUCGGUGCUCCGUGGGAGAACGCCCUUCUCUUUUGGGUCAACAGGUUGAACCAAAAGUUGAGAGAAAGUACAGAAGACGAGGAGCCUCCCACGUCACAGACAUGUACAGACCUGCAGUCUGUUCAGGAAACGUCUCAGUCCAACCGUUGGUACUGGAAACUAGUCCCACAUGCUAUCGCUUUUUGUUUGAAGGAGUCGGGGAAUAAACCUCCUGUGAUCCGCUAUCGAAAGGACAAAGUGCAGUCCAAGCUGACUCCGACGUUCCCCUUGGUUUCUGCGGUCAAAGAUCUGUCUAAUGGCUGUGCAAUAGCUGCUGUUGUGCACUACUACUGCCCUGCCUUACUGCCUCUUGAGGACGUGUGCCUAAAGGACACCAUGUCAGUGGCGGACAGCGUCUACAACCUGCAGCUGAUCAAAGACUUUUGUGAGAACAACUUGAGGAGCUGCUGCCCACUCGCUGUGGAGGACCUGCUUUACGCCCCACCAGCUCUGCAUCUGAACAUAAUGAGUUUCAUAGCAGAGCUGCUGGAGUGGUUUGAAGUGAAGAAGCCUGAUUUUGUCAAACCAAUACAACCUAUCAACCUCACAGAUGUCUCAGGAUUACCUGACUGUACAAGCCCCGUCAGCGGGAACAGCAACAGUGGUUCUCCUUCUUUCAUCUUCAAGCAACCUUUUGUCCCCAUCCCUUCCCCUGUAUCUCCAGAAAAAAGUUGGACAAAGAAACAAAUCAGUCGUCCUCUGUCAGCAGUGACUUUCAGUAUCCCAUUUGGCCUGGACAGUGAUGUUGACAUUGUCAUGGGAAACCCAAUAGAUUCUGUCUUUCGCUCUGUCAGCACUGACAACCUCUCCACUGGCAUCCCUGCUCUGAACUCUCCUGCAUCGUCUAUGGGGAUGAACUGCGUCCCAUACAGCCCUCCAGAGGACCUCAGCCACCUGGUCAGCGCCUCUGCUCCAUCGCAUCGUUCUUCCUGGGGUCCUUAUGCACAAACAGCUCUGCUGGGAGAGCUGCCGACCAUCGAGGAGGCAAGACAGGUGAUACAUAUGCCCAGCAUCAAGGAUCGCAAGAAAGGCAGGACAGCCGAGAAAAGUGGGAGAGCAGUGUUAGGAAGUAGGCCAGAGCCCAGGUUACGUCCAGAGGGAGCACCUGCAGGUUUCUUUCUGCACUCCCCUGAAGAAGACAAACCUCAGCUCAGUAGCUCAGCUCCCAGUCGAUCAGGAUUCCCCUAUCGACCAGUUAGAGGUGGAGAUGGUGAUUCUGAAAGGCAAGGCAGGAGGGACAGAUCCAGAGAGCCCUCCGACAUGUCACGUGAUGACGACUCUGUUCUGCGAGAUGGCAGCAUCGACUCUUCUGAAGCAUCGGAUGAUUUGCCCAGAAACGCCCCAGGCAACAUUCGACCCAGUAACAGUCGCCAGGGAAACCACGGCGGCAGCAAUAGUCCACGCAUGACGAGCUUCGCCGAGCGACGAGACAACCGGCGAAGACAUCCCACUGCUGCUGGAGAGGAGUCAACUUCUGCUCCAACCCCGACAACUCCACACUCACCCUGCACACCAGCUGGUCACAACCAGGACAGCCCGGGCCCCAGAGGCCCCGAGCCGAGCUCUGAGGCCUGGGAGCUGGGGGCUCGCCUGGAAGAGAAACGUAAAAGCAUCGAAGCGCAAAAAAGGCGCAUUGAAGCCAUUUUUGCCAAACACAGGCAGAAGCUCGGAAAAACUGCGUUCCUUCAGCUAAAAAGAGAGCAAGGAGAGGGAGGAGUGGAUGGAGCAACGGAGGAGAAUCUGACGCUGGAGGAGCGCCUCACGCGCAUGGAGGAGCAGCUGAAACAGGAGGAGGAGAAAGAGGAAACAGAGACAGAGAAGCCAUCUGUUUCUAACCCUCCUCGGUUGGAAAAGCAGGUCACAUUCUCCAUCGACAGCAAGAAAGAAGGGGAACAAGACAAAGGAGCAGAGAAAGGCGGUGAGACCGUCAUGGUGGAGUAUAAUGAGGUGGUGCAGAAACUGAGUGAAGCUCUUCAGUCACUUCAGAAGGACAUGCAGAAACUGACAGAACAGCAACAGCAGCUCCUGAGCAACCAAAGACCCAGAAACAUGCCAAAAUCUGAACCAAGAACAAGAACCCCUCCUCGCACCCCAACAAAGACCCCACCAAGAACACCAACAAAGACUCCUACCAGGAGCACCAGUAAGGCUUGGAUGAUUCCUGCUGGGGCCAGUCCUCCUGCUACGUCUUCCCCAUCACGACGCAUACACGUUCCCUCCUCAUCCACCUCCCCUAAAACCAGCAUUUCUUCCUCCUGCCCUGCUCUGCGAACCAAAAUCCACGCUUCCUCCACUCCUCGCAGUCCCAAAAACAACCACCUCCCCCACUACCAGCCCCACCCUCGGCCCUCUGAACUCAAGUUUCCUACGCUCAAUCGCGUCUUGACCCCAACACAGAAUGUGGACACCAUCCCCCACUUGCGCCGCGUCUCGCCCAGCAAGUGUCAGGUCCAGACGUCGUCCUCCUUCCGUAUCGGUGAACCUCGGACUCCUCAGGAGCCGCCACAGCCUAACCAGCAGCCUCAGCAGCCUGAAGAGAACACCUCAGACACGGGCUCAAGCGAUACGCCCACCCAGUUCAGCCUGGAGUUGGAGCAAGAGGACGCAGAGGUGGUGGGAGCGCUGCCGGUUUUACCACCGCCCAGACAGGAAAGGCAAAGGGCCACUGGAGGCAGCAGCUCAGGAGCUCCCUCUGAGUGCUCGUUUGAGAGCGACACGUUGUCCCUGUCUGUUGCGUUCAGCGCAGGAGGCGAAGGAGGAGGAGCAGGAAAGCCCUGUAGCCUGAUUGAAGUGUCAUUAUCUUCUGCUGGAGGGGUGGAGGCGGGCAGUGACGAACCAACCGACGAGGGGCAGGAGUUUUCCUCCGACUCUAUGAGUGACCACACAGAAUCUGCUGCUGAGGCUGUGAGAGCGCUGGCUGCAGAGAGCCUAGGCCCGAUCCAACAAUUGGAUCUGGCUACAGAAACCAGGGAAGGGCCAGAACCACCAGCUGGACCAAGAGAACAUCACACAUCUCAUGCUGAGACAGAGGAGCCGAGUGGAGAGAAGAAAGGAGGAAUUGGAUUAUUCUUUAAGGAGGAGGGACACAGUGAAGGAGAGAUGGCUCAGCGUAAAGCUCUGCUGCUGGAGAGGCAGCAGAAAAGAACGGAGGAGCUGAAGAAGAGGAGACAGUGGCAUGAGCAAGAGAGGGAAACUAGACCAGCAUCCACCGAAAGAAGAGUGGCAUCUCCUUCUAACAUUUCUCCCGCAGGCACAACUUCACCCUCUCCCACACCCCCGGUUACUCCCGCUCGACGCGGGGAGUUCACACGAGCAGAGUACAUGCGACGGCAACAGCUCAGAAUCAUGCAGGACCUGGACAAAGUCUUGAAGCAGAAAUCCCCCAACCGAGGUCCAUCGUCAACCAAGAAAACUCGCUCACGGCCUCGCAGUAUGACCAGGGAGGAAACAAAGCUGUCUCUGAGUCCAGCCAAGGGUGCAACAGGUUCCAAGCUAACAAAGGUCUACUCCCACUCUUCACUGAACCUUGCAGCCACAGAUGAAGCAGGAAACAAUGGUGGGGAUCCAACAAAGAAACCCCAGGACUGGGAGUCUGGGUCCAAUGGGACAUCGCCUGCCCCAGAUUACACAGGUCCAAAACUCUUCAAAGAACCAAGUUUCAAGUCCAACAAAUACAUAAUUCACAAUGCUCUGACACGCUGCUGCCUCGCUGGAAAAGUUAACGAAACACAAAAGAACAAGAUAGUUGAGGAAAUGGAGAAGAGUUCUGCAAACCACUUCCUUAUUCUCUUCCGUGACUCAAGCUGCCAGUUCAGAGGUGUUUACACCACUAACCCCGACUCUCAGGAGCUCGUACGGCUGGCAGGCAUGGGUCCGCGAAUGGUUAACCCCACCCAGGUGGAAUCCAUGUACAAAUACAGCUCAGACAGGAAGCAGUUCAGCUCCAUCCCAUCCAAAACCUUGGGCAUGAGUGUAGACGCCUUCACCAUCCCCAGCCAUCUUUGGCAAGGAGGAGGAGGAGGAGGAGGAGGAGGAGGAAGCAGGAGAGCAAGCAUUACCAAGAAGGCAACCAAUUCCAAGUCAGGAGGAGUUUAAUGCAGUAAAAGUUAAAGUGCACAUAUUCAAACAUAAAAUCUAACCCAUAUGUGCACAGAGACGGGUCCUUAGAUUCUCCUGGAAAUAGAAAUUAAACUUCUAUGUAUGUUUAUAAGAAUGUCCCCCGCACAGCUGUACUCAAACAGAAGGAAGUUUUUUUAAUCAUCCGUUGCACAAGUUAGAGUCUCUUUUAAAAGGCUGUAUACUUCCUGUAUACUUUAAUUGUUUGAAGUAUAAACUUUAGCUUUUCUUUCAAAGAAAAUAUUAUUGAGUCACACUGACACUCGCAGACCGAACAGUCUUCUGCCUUUCUAUGUUUCUACAGACCGAAGUUUCUCAGUACAAAAGCUCUUUUGAACAUGAAGCCAAACUAAAGGAUAAAAUGCCUUUGUGUCAGAUUUACUGACUGGACUUUUCAGUUUUUACUAUAGUUUAUUUUAGUUUAUUCUAUCAAUAGCUGUCAGCGUGUGGAUGAGUGAAAGCACAAAUGGUUUGCAAAAGAAUAAGAGCCAUAAACAUGUGAUGCAGAUGUUUUCUUUUUUGUUGUUGUUUUGUGUGGGGGGGGGCUGGAAUUUUUGGACAUUAUUGUAU